AUGAACAAAUCGAACCAUAUCGAUUUGUCAUCACCGAAUACUUCGAAACCUGAGAGUUCCCCUAUGACAACUGUAAAUAUUCUUAGUCGACUCCGAACUGCUACUGAAGAAGUACGGAAAGUUCAAUCCAAUCUAGAUAAAGAUGGUUCAUCCGAUCAAGUGGAAAUCUUGGAUAAAGUUGGCAAAGAACUUGAUGGCAUUCUUUAUAAUCUCGUGGAAAUCCUUUCCGAUGAUACACGACAAAGCGAGAUCAAUAUUACCUCCAAUGAUGGACAGAUCAGCAAAUGGCUAGAGCAAACAUUUUCGUCCAAACAAACACGAUCCACGACAGCUGCCGGCCGAUUCGAAUCGAUUAAAGCUAUUAUACAAGCUUCAUCAUUUGUUAAUGCUUUGCAACGGCAAAUGCGGCAGAAUGCUAAAGAGCGUCUUUCUACAAUGCUCGAUCUACCUGUCGACAUCCAAAAAUUGAAUCUGUGGUCGUUCAAUAUGAUGGAAUACGAAGAACCAUUAAAUUUCUCCAUUCUGUUAAUAUUCGAUGCACAUGAUCUGAUCACGCGAUUUCAUAUUGAUAUUGAAACGCUGAAAAGUUUUAAUCGAGCACUAGCCGACGGCUAUCAGAAAUUUCGUGCGCCGUAUCAUAAUGAUUUUCAUGGUGCCGAUGUUCUUCAAACAACACAUUGCCUAUUAAUAAAAAGUAAUUUAAUGAGUGUUUUUACACAACUUGAAAUUGCUGCAUUAUUAUUUGCCGCGGCGAUACACGAUUAUGAACAUCCUGGUUUAAACAACGUCUAUCUCGUGAAAACGAAAAAUGACCUAGCUUUAACAUAUAAUGAUUUCAGUGUUUUAGAAAAUCAUCAUGCAAGUUCAGUCUUCAAAUUAUUACGUGAUAAACGUUACAAUAUCUGGUCACAUAUGAAUACUAAUGAAUACCGGAGUUUUCGCUCAUUAGUAAUCUCGCUUGUACUCGCGACUGAUAUGGCUAAUCAUGCGUCAUUAGUGGAACGUACGUCCACGUAUUUCUUCUUCAAAGAAACCAAUUCAUCAACAUCGUCGACGGACUCGAAAACUCUUCUUCAGACGUUAUUACACGCAGCUGAUAUUUCGAAUGCUGCGAAACCAUGGCCAGUUUAUAUUCAUUCUGCGGAGAAAAUCAUGGAAGAGUUUUUUAUUCAAGGCGAUUUAGAAAAACUCAAUUAUCAAGAUGAUAAACCGACAUUCGACCGAGAAACAACCGAUAUUGUACAGUUACAAAUCGGUUUUAUCUCACAUAUUGUUCAUCCGACUUUCGAUGUUCUAUCGAAAGUUCUUCAAAUUGAUUCUCUGGACGAGAAUCAAAAGGAACAAACGAAAAUCAUCACGACUCCACGUUCGCAAUACACGAUUCCAUGGCAAUACGAUUUACAAUUGAAUUUAGAAACGUGGAAACAAGUCUCGAAGUCAGCUGAUAUGCAGCAACUCGUUCUCAAUCGCAAACCAUUGCAAUUGAACCUUGAAUAUCUACAAGAAUACGUUGAAAUCGCUAAAACUUGCCUAAGAAAACGUUCACAACAUGAUCAGUUAUUGAAUCAUACGCCUUCCUCAUAG